UGCAUGCUCUAGUGAUCUCUCUUUGAUUUCUCAAGAUCAAGGAUGGCGACGGCCAACGUAUCUACAAUGGUGUGCCCCGGACCCAUGAAGGCUACGUCCAAUGGAUCGUUCCAAGGGGAAAACCCCCUGGAUUUCGCGCUUCCAUUGGCUAUUCUCCAGAUAUGUUUGGUCGUCGUUCUUACCAGGUUGCUUGCAUUACUUCUUAAACCUCUCAGACAACCUAGAGUCAUUGCAGAGAUCAUUGGAGGAAUAUUGCUUGGACCCUCUGCGUUGGGGAGAAACAAGACAUUUCUCAACACAGUUUUCCCGCCUAAGAGCAUGACUGUCCUCGACACCCUUGCCAACAUCGGCCUCCUCUUCUUCUUGUUUCUGGUGGGGCUUGAGCUCGACAUCCGUGCAAUCCGCCGCACCGGGAAAAAGUCCUUAGGAAUAGCCGUCGCUGGAAUCAGCCUCCCUUUCAUCCUUGGAAUCGGGACCUCCUACGUUCUUCGUUCCACCGUAUCCAAAGGAGUCCCCCCCGGCCCCUUUCUCGUCUUCAUGGGGGUUGCCUUGUCCAUCACUGCAUUUCCAGUCCUCGCCCGCAUCCUAGCCGAGCUCAAACUCCUAACCACCGACAUCGGUCGCAUUGCCAUGUCGGCCGCCGCCGUAAACGACGUUGCUGCUUGGAUACUCCUCGCGCUUGCCAUUGCGCUCUCAGGGACCAAGACAUCUCCUCUCACCUCCGUGUGGGUUCUCCUCUGCGGCACCGCCUUCGUGACCUUCGCUAUACUAGUCCUGAGACCGGCACUUGCGGUGAUGGCUCGGCGCUCUCCCGAAGGUGAGCCGGUCAAGGAGCUUUACAUAUGCAUCACGCUAUCGCUGGUGUUGGCGGCGGGUUUUGUCACGGACACCAUCGGAAUACACGCACUUUUCGGGGCGUUUGUGGUGGGCAUUGUGGUGCCGAAAGACGGCCCUUUUGCAGGGGUUCUGAUAGAGAAGAUUGAGGAUGUGGUGUCGGGACUUCUCCUGCCACUCUACUUCGUGUCGAGCGGGCUCAAGACCAACGUCGCCACCAUAAGCGGAGGGCUUUCAUGGGGAUUACUAGUGCUUGUUAUAUUCACCGCAUGUUUUGGAAAGGUCCUUGGCACCUUCACCGUAUCAAUGUUGUUUAAGGUGCCUUUUAGGGAAUCCUUGGCACUCGGAUUUCUUAUGAACACCAAGGGUUUGGUAGAGCUCAUCGUCCUCAACAUUGGCAAGGACCGAAAGGUGUUGAACGAGCAGACAUUUGCUAUAAUGGUUGUGAUGGCGUUGUUCACCACCUUCAUCACCACCCCAAUAGUGACGGCGGUGUAUAAGCCUGCUCGAAAGGGAGCCCCCUACAAGCAUCGUACCGUCCACCGGAAAGACCUCGACACCGAGCUCCGAAUACUCGCCUGCUUCCACAGCACGCGUAACAUCCCUGCUAUAAUCAAUCUGGUCGAAUCCUCUCGCGGGACCCGCAAGCGAGGACGACUAUGUAUAUACGCCAUGCACCUGAUGGAGCUUUCGGAGCGAUCUUCGGCAAUCUCCAUGGUACACAAAGCACGCAGCAACGGUCUCCCCUUCUGGAACAAAAUACGCGACGACAAAGAUCAAAUGGUCAUCGCCUUCGAGGCGUACGGCCAGCUCUGUAGCGUGAGCGUCCGCCCCAUGACCGCCAUCUCCUCUCUGGACAAUAUUCACGAGGAUAUUUGCACAAGCGCGCACCAAAAGCGCGUGGCAAUGAUUCUACUUCCGUUUCACAAGCACCAGCGAUUGGACGGAGGUUUGGAGUCAUUGGGGCACUCUUUCCACGCGGUGAAUGACCGCGUCCUCCGCCACGCCCCGUGCUCCGUUGGAAUCCUCGUCGAUCGCGGUCUAGGAGGGACGACGCAAGUCUCGGCGAGUGAGGUUUCUUACCAGGUGGUGGUGCCCUUUUUUGGCGGACGAGACGACCGGGAAGCGCUUGCCUAUGGGAUGAGGAUGGCUGAGCACCCCGGAAUAAUGCUCACCGUCGUGAAAUUUGGAACCCCACCAGGAAAAUCACUGCGAUUUGGUACCUCUUUGGUUGGCAUAGCUCCUAACAUGAAGGAUAGGAAAAUCACCGACGAAGCCGACAGUGCCAGUGAGGAGGACGCGCUCUUCGUUUCGGAGUUGAUGAGCCAUUGCAGUGGCAAGGAGAAGUCGGUAGUGUACGAGGAAAGGGUGGUUGAAAGUAAGGCGGAGGUGGUGGAAGCAUUAAGAGCGUUGAACAAGUUAAAUCUGUUUUUGGUGGGAAGAACGCCGGCAGUGGCUCACUUGGUAGACAGAAGCGAUUGUCUGGAGUUGGGGCCGGUCGGAAGCUUCUUAGCAUCAUCGGACUUUUCCACAACCGCGUCGAUUCUAGUGGUUCAACAAUAUAACCCCACCGCAAAUCUCCACCCGCUCGUGGAGGAACAAGCUAAUUAUGGAGAAACCUACGACUUCCCCGACACGCCUCAUGGGGGGGCAGUAUGAGAGUGAAGUUCUCCAAGGAACUUGGAUCGAGCACCCUUUGUCCAAAGCAAUUACACUGAAUGGAUUGAUCACAUUCUGAAAUUUUUUCUUGAGCACCUAAAUAUUUUUUGUG